AUGCCGUCAUAUCCAGUUUUAAAUGGAUUUUAUGAAUUACAACGAACCAUUGGAAACGGUGGCUUUGGUAAAGUCAAACAAGCUGUUCAUUUACUAACUGGCGAACAUGUAGCUAUUAAAAUUAUUGAUAAAGCUAAAUUAGGAGUGAGUGAUACUAGUGAAAGUGAUGUACAACGAAUUGCUUUGGAAAUUAAAGCAAUGAAGGAACUACGUCAUCAAUAUAUUUGUCAAUUAUAUCAAGUUAUUGAAACAGAACAUCAUUAUUUUCUGGUAUUAGAGUAUUUUUGCAAUGGUGAACUAUUUGAUUAUAUUGUGAAUCGUAAUCGUUUAUCUGAAGAUCAAGCACGUCAUUUUUUUCGUCAAAUUGUAUCAGCUGUGGCUUACAUUCACAAGAGAGGUUAUUGUCACAGAGAUUUGAAACCUGAAAAUUUGUUACUUGAUCGACGAGACAAUUUGAAAUUAAUUGAUUUUGGCUUAUGUGCUCAACCAAAAGGUGGUAUCAGUGUUGAACAGCUCGGUACAGCCUGUGGUAGUCCUGCAUAUGCAGCACCCGAGAUAAUAGGUGGACAGAAUUACAGAGGAGAUGUGGCUGAUGUAUGGAGUCUCGGUGUUUUACUCUACGCUUUACUAUGUGGUUGUUUACCGUUUGAUGAUGAAAAUAUAGCAACAAUGUAUAUGAAAAUUCAAAACGGUAUAUAUCAUGUGCCCACAUGGCUUUCAAUAGAGAGUAUUAAUUUUAUACGAUCAAUGCUACAAGUUGAUCCAGCGCGUCGUAUACGAAUUGAUGAUAUACUUCGUCAUCGCUGGUUAAUGAGUGGUCCGUAUACUGAAGCUGUUCAAUGGGAAUCAACAUUUAAUAAUAAACUCGAUGCAACAUGUAUAGGAGAAAUGGCUCUCUAUCACAAAGUGACUGUUAGUGAAAUUGUUCAGGAACUUUCUCAGAAACGUUAUGAUUAUACUACAGCCACAUAUUUUAUUUUAUUGGAUAUGAUCUCUCGUAAUAAAGCAAUACGAUUAAAUCGGCGUCAUUUACUUCAAACACCACCGGCACCAGUCACACCUAUUAUAGCAUCUUUAUUACGUGAAAAACAAGAAGGUACAAUAACGCCAAGAUCACGUGGCAAUCGUACAUAUCAUUAUAAUCAUGACGAUGACGAUGUAAUUUUGAAUCCAAAUGAAAAAAACACACCGAUCAGUAAACCGCCAUUGUCUGUUGAACGGAAACGACAUGAAAAUAAAGAACCAAAUUAUGGCAGACAUUCAUCAUCAGAUAAACCUAAUAAAGAAAAUAUUGAACAUACAAGUCGUUUUGAAAGAGAACGAACAGUAUCAAAAGCACCUUGUUGUCAACGUUUAUUAAUGUAUACAGAAUCACCUGGUUCAACUCGUCGCAAUGGAGAAAAAAAAGAUUUUCGUAUAACAUCAUCGAAAUCCUACGAUGAUGGUCUUGAUACAGACGAUUUAGACAGUUCAAAAAUAGCUGCAACAAUGAAAGCUGUGUCUGUUGGCACAGUUGAUGAUAUUGAUUCAACAAAUGAAUUUGAAGCAUUUUUGACACCACAACGUCAAAAGAAGAAUGUUCGUGCCUUAUUCGGUAGUGUUGAACGUGGUCUUAAUACCGUUAAAACAUUACUAACUCCAAAACGAAUAAGUUCAAAUAAACCACGCAAAACUUGGGAAACAGCUAAUAUAUCAUUUUUGUCUAUUUCUGAUCCAGAAGAAAUUGUUGAAUUACUUGAGCAAGCUAUUAAACGCAAUAAACAACUCAAAUAUGAACAAAAAGGCAGUCGAUUUAUUUACAAUGUUUAUAUUCCCGAUGAUUGGGGUAAAGUGAAUUUAUCAUUUGAUUUAGAAGUUGUUUCUGUUCAAGGAAAAGGUUAUGGUAUACAACGUAAACGAACAAAAGGAAGUGUAUGGCAUUAUAAAUGUUGCUUUGAAGAUAUUAUUAAACAAUUAACAACACUUAUGCAAUUACAAACAUGUGUUUAA